CCCAACUUCUUUCCCUUCCCUUGCCACAGAUCCCCAAUUCGAUCCUUGCGGACCCCCUCCCACAUCUCGCUCGCUCCGACCAUGGAAUCGGCGGCGACCGCCGUCUCCGUCGGGGCCUCCGGCCCCGGGUACCCGGACUCCGCCGACUCCUCCCCCCGCUCCCGCGGCGGCGACUCCUGGGACGAACCGUUCCCUCCGUCCGCCGCCGCGGCCUCGUCGCGCCUCCGCCUCAUGUGUAGCUACGGCGGCCGCAUCGUUCCCCGCCCCACCGACAAGUCCCUCUGCUACCUCGGCGGCGAGACCCGCAUGGUCGUCGUCGAUCGCCACUCCUCUCUCGCUGACAUCUCCGCCAAGCUCUCACGAAAGCUCCUCGGUGGCCGCCCCUUCUCCCUCAAGUACCAGCUCCCCAACGAGGACCUCGAUUCUCUUAUCUCCGUCACCACCGACGAGGACCUCGAGAACAUGAUCGACGAGCUGGAUCGCAUCUCCGCCGCGGCCUCCGGAGGCGGCGGCUCCACCCGCUCCUCCCGCCUGCGGUUGUUCCUGUUCCCGUCGAAGUCGGAAUCGGCGCCUUCGUCCACCAUCGGGUCGCUGUUGGACGAGUCAAAAUCGGAGACUUGGUUCGUGGACGCCCUCAAUAGCGCGAUUGGCGGCAUGAGUUUGGACGGCCUCCCUCGUGGCCACUCUGCCGACUCCGCCACGGUCGACAGCCUCCUCGGUCUCGAGGACAACUCUUCCGUCCACUCUCGCAAAGGCGGCGGCGGCGGCGGCGCUGCUUCCCACCCGGAGCCUGAGCAGCUCGUCCUCCCCCGCCCCGACUCCGCCGGCAAGCUCGCACGCCAUGGCCAAGAUGUUCACUCCGUCCCCGAUUCGCCGAUGCUCGAUACGACGUCCUCCUUCGGAUCCACUUCCUCUGCUCCAUCCCUCUCUAAUCUCCCACCUAUUCCCGUUCCAACCGAUGACCGCUACGCUGAUCAUCGGAUCUCCGGCCUCGACGACCACUUGGCCCACAUGAACCUCUCUUCCGACUCCGCCACCAGCCAGAGGCCGGACGAUGGUUUCAAAGAGCCAAUCUACGCUCAUCACCUCCAGGUCCCUCCCCCCAUCCCUAUUCCGACCGCUUCCGAUUCCAUUCCCACCAUCUCCGCUUCGGACAACUCGAACAGGGUCUUCUCGGACGACGAGAAGUCUGAUCAUGGCGUCCGUAAGCCGCCACAACCCCCAAAACCCACACAAGUCGACGCCCCCUCCUCCGAUCCUGCAUCGAGCUACCGUGCUCCAUUGCCGCCGGUGGAUGCUCCAGGUUUUGUGUUGUCUUCAGUGCACCCGGAGCAACUCCAGCAGCAACAAACCCAUUCCCAAUUUCAUCAACAACAACCACAGUUUAUUUCGACGAAUCCCCAUUACAUCCACCAUACGGGGGCCGGUACAGGCGUUCCCAUGGCUUCCUACUACUCUAUCAUGCCCCAAUCGAUGCAGCAAUUGCCACAAGCACACCCCUUUGAUCCUCAUAUUCCAAUGUACUAUGUGCCUGUACGCCAAACCACACCAUACCCUUAUGCCGGAACCGGGUAUCAUGUGAUGCAGCAUCCUCAUCUUUCUCAGUCCCCUGCAACGAUGGCUAAUUAUGGUUAUGAAGUCACUGCUGCUCCUGGCCAUCCUCAGAUGUACUACUCGCAAGCCUCUUCACAACCAGCAUUGUCCCGGCAGUAUCAGAUGGCAAGCUCAACAGCUGUGAUUCCUGAAGCAGGAGCUCCUGGAGAUUCAAAUGCAUCCAAAACAUCAUGAUCGCCAGUUGAUACCCUGGUUAAAAGGAAAAAGGAAAUUUUGGUUGGAGGAUUGUCACCUCAUGCAAGGGCUUUCUGAUGGGAAUGUCAUGGCUUUGAUCCAGCGCUCACAAACUGUGUUUUGACCGUUGGUAGUAUUGAUGUUGAAGCAGUGGGUUGGAAUACGUAGAAGGCAAACAACCGUAUAGGCCCUGCUAUAACUUCGAUGGAUACAAUCAGCCUAGUUUUUAGCAUUAUCCAGUAAUGCUUUCUACUUUUUUGUUGCAUUUGUGAUUACUGAUAAGGUUACAGUUAGCUAUAUAAUCUUUGAAAUCACCAGGAUAUUUGUUCCCCCUUU